UGACACAGCUGAGACAAGACCAUUUGGAGGGGAGAGGAGGACAAAGAGGCGGAAGAGAAGCAGAAGUGCUGCUAUUAGACGUUGGGGAUCGGACCAAUGGAGUCUUUCUCUGGAGAUACAGGAGAAAGCACUGAGGACAUUCCAGGACGUAAAAAGUCCAAGCUCAAGUCUCUGAAAACUCGUCUCUUCGGGAGGAGUAAGAGAGCAGGCGUAGAGAGAAGUGCCAAACUCAGCCAGUCUGAAAGUGACAUUACGGCAGGAAAGGGACUCGGAUCAGAGGAAGAUUUGGCAUGCUCUGAGGGGAUGAUGGGAUCACGGGCAUUGUCCCAUGACAGCAUCUUUCUGGCUGAUGAGAUCCUGACAGAAGCUGAACCAGUCAGGGUCUUAUCUCAGGAAAAUGUUCAUAGCAAGGUCAAAUUUCUGCAGAUGAAGCUUCAGCAGCAGAAGAUGCAUUUGGGACCACCACCUCUGGUUCUUCCAAUCAGACGACCAGAGGAUUUGAGAAGCCGCUACGAGGAUGAAGGUUUUCCCCACAGCCCCCUUGAGAUCUUAGGAGGUGAUGUCACAACCCAGGGAGCCCUCAGCAAGACCACAUUUCAGCCACCCUCUCGUCCACUCUCACCAAUCCCCAAACCUACACUUACCAAAUCUGUGCCCCUGACUUCAUCACUCCCUUUGCCUCUUUCUGUCCCCUCCAAUACUUCUGUUGUCGAGCCCCCGCUGGACUUCAGUUCUCCGGCUCAAUUCAACCCCCUGGAUACCUCUGCUGCACGCCACCGGAUGUCCAUCAAGCCCAGAAACCAGAGGGCCAGCACCAAGAAGAGACCUGCUGCAAAUGACUCUAGGUCUCACUUACACACCCUAAACAACGUCAACAACCCUGAGUCUGUGAGAGAGGAAGAGCAAUGGCUUAGUACACAAGUGGAAGUGACACUAGAAACAGAACAAGGAGGCGUCAUCAUUCCUAUUCCAUCUCAGCUUCUUCCUUCAAAAUCCCCAGAUGUGGCAACAAUCACACAAGAAGCAACAUCCAAAUCAUCCAGCCUAACAUUUUCCCAACAGGACCAAGCUCUUCCUGGGAGAGUACCCUCUGUAACCUCCCAGGUAGUUAGAGUUAAGCCUCACAGACCAGCAGAUGUAAUGUCCAGUGAACGGCCACGCUCAUCCUUUAUACCGUCAGAACUGAAAGACAAAAGAGAAGGGGAUUUUGAGAUACAAGUGAUGUCCCAUGACAAGAGAAAUACUCUAAACAAGGCUGGAAUGACGGAAGUCUCCUCCAACCAGCUCUCCAGUGCCUUUGGCUCAGUGGUGGCGUUCAGGUCUCCCUCUGUUCACCAGCAGGUUCAAAGUGAGACAGAAAACAUAAGAGGAAUAAAGAGAGCCGCCCCAGGAUCUGGAUCCUUCCAUUUCUCCAUCACCACUGCUAAAAGCCGAGAAGGAGAAAGACCCCGAUCAGGCAGUUUUGUGGGAGUCCUGGAACAUACUGAAGCCAGGCACAGAACAGAGGAGAAACCCCUUUCAAAGAUGAGGGGAAAGGAAGAACUUAGAGACUUACAGCCUAAAGGGGGCACCUUUGCUGUGGGAAGACUUAGACAAGAGGGAGCUCUGAACAAAAGCCCAGUUCUUCCAUGGGACAGGAGGGACAGCCUCAAAAAGGUGGAGGCAGUCGCACCAACUAAAAAUAUAACCGCAGACACUUUAGAGGGGGAGGAGGUCGAGAGCAGACAGGAGGUGGUGGAGGAGGCAAUGGAAGCACAGGAGGCCGAGGAGGGAGAAGAAUCAAAGACAGCGUUUGGUAUUAAACUGCGCUCCACAUCUCAGUCGGUGAGAUUUCGGUCUGAUGCCUCUUCUAACCAUAACUCAAAGCCACCAGUGUGUGAGGGGCCAAGUGACAAACAAAAAAGACAGGAAAUAAGUGAUAAUGCCAGCUACAUGUCUAAAAUACUGUCAAACAUCUCGUGUACACCGUCAACAUCUGCAGACGUCCAACUGACUGAUCCAACCCCAUGUGGCCUCUCCCUUCCAGUUAAGAAUAAUCCGCCAUCUACUGGUGAUCCCCACAUCAUGCCAACAGAAGUCCAAACAAACUCCUCAAAACCCAAAGAGGUUGAAACUUCCCUCGCUGCACCUCAGGAGCCCAAGUCUGACCCCCAAACGUCGUCAUCUGAGGUGUCCUGGAUGAGCUUGGCAAUGGAAAAGACCAGAAGCCUCCAACAGCUUUUUACUAGUAGAUUUCCCAGAGAUUUUACAGGCGGGCAGACAGCGGCUCGACCACAAGCACAGACAACAAAUCAAACAGAUGCAACGACUGGGGCACAAACACAGACGCAGACUGUAAAAGUACAGCAAAGUGCAACACCACUAGAGGCUGCAAAUCAACCAUCAACUGAUGCAGCCAAAGCCGAAACAGUGCCAAGUAGAAGUCAAGCACAGACUUUCAAACCAUCACUAAUGGGGGUGCAACAGAAGAUGUCAACGGCAUCUCCUGUUCAGUCUAACACCUCUAGAGAAGCACAAACAUCAAAACAAAGCAAUGAACCCCAGUCACUCCCAAAUACAGCUCAGUCUACGUCUGUACAGACCAAUGCACGGACAAUCCAGUCGCCCAUGCACUCGUAUCCACAAACAGAGAUUUCAUCUCAGUUUGCACAAGGGAGUGUCACACAGUCUCUUGCACAGUCUUACCUUUCCUCGGGCCAGCAGCAGCCCCCCUGGAGCAAUCGAGGUCUUCACCCCACCAACCAGCUCAAAUCCACAACUUCCGUUUCUAGCCCCUCAUCAGCCACAGCUCCUCCUCCAGUUUCUGCCUUGGGAAGAGGGGAAAGAGAGGCCAUCAUGCAGGAAAAAGAGGGUGCAUCACUGUCAGGAAGACGGGCAGUCUGGGCCGGGUCAAUAAGCGAGAAGGCAGCUUUUUUGGAGAAACGGGCGGAGUGGACCACUCCACCUGGAACCAAGGGGGUGGAAUUGAAGAAAGCUCAAACAGAAGCGCAUACAUCCGGUGAAUCGCCUGCCUCAGCCAAAACCACACCUCUAAGCAAAGACACAAAACCAGAGGGAAGACAAGGAGUAAAACCUGCAGAGUCAAGUCCCUACAAAGUGCCAGACAGGCCUCGUGAGGACAAAUGGCUGCGGAAAAAUGUGACAUCAUCUUCAUCGCCCUCAUCGUCACCUACAAUGCCAUCACCGUUGCAGUCCAUGUCUGACAGCAGCCAGCCGUCCUGGAUGGAACUAGCAAAAAGAAAAUCAAUGGCCUGGAGUGAUAAGUCCAUGGACUGAGAGGGAAAACAGACAGACAGACAGUGUUGACACAACAAUAUGAACAUGCAACAGACAAAUGCAGACACAUUAUGUUGUCGCGUCUGUCAGAAAGGUGUUGAUUCAACUCUGUUGAGGCUGUUCUGUUUGUGUAUUGAUUUGUAAAGUUUUGUUAUAUUGAGAGACCAACAGAAAGAAAGAGAGAGAGUAUAUAUAUCUAAAAGGCCCAAAUGAAUUGUAAUCCCUCUGCACUACGAGCACUUCAAGAUAAGUGUUAUUUCUGAAUAAUGUUUUAUUUGAUUCACCGUGUCACUGCUGUUAAUAGUUUGCUAAAUAAUACACUUUCUAAUGUUGAGUUUUUGUGUCAUUUGUGCCUUAAUGUAAGAUGGCUAAGGAGAAGAUAUU